AUGAUUAUUCACAGCUGCUGUGUUUAUGAGUAAGUUUACCUGGAAAUCUUGUUUGCUCACGAGAAGGCCACGAAGAAAUCCUAAGAAGAGCAUCCCAGCUUAAAGCACAGCCUUUCUAUCUACUGGCAGCCUGCCAUGUGUACUGCUGCCAAGUUUCACAGCUGGCACAGUUAACAUGAAAUGGGAUCUACCCUGAACUUUUCUUAUCCCCGUCCCCCAAAGCAAACCUUUCCAAACCAGAAGCCAGUAUUAUUUUUGUACAUUAGGUUACUUUUUCCUGUCGAGAUUAGCUUUCAAAUCUCUGCCUAAUGGGAUCUGUACAUCGCAAAGGAACUUGCUGUGAACAUCAGCUCCAGUCCCCAGAAGACUCAGUCUCAUAAGCGGAGAUCAUCAUCGGGGUUGGGCUGGGUGUUUAUCAGUAUGUGAAUGACACCCAGCUCUACCUCACUUUUAAAUCAGAACCAGUGAAGGUGAUGAAUAUCCUGUGUGAGUGCCUGGAGGUGAUUGGUGGAUGGAUAGCAGCUAACAGUUUGAGGUUGAAUCCUGACAAGACAGAUUCAAGUUUUUGGGAGACAGGGGGCGGGCAGGUGUAGAGGACUCCCUGGUCCUGAAUGAGGUAAUUGUGCCUCUGAAGGACCAGAUGCGCAGCCUGGGAGUCAUUUUGGACUCACAGCUGUCCAUGGAGGUGCAGGUCAAUUCUGCGUUCAGGGCAGCUGUCUACCAGCUCCAUUUGGUAUGCAGGCUGAGACCCUACCUGCCUGCGGACUGUCUUGCCAGAGUGCUGCAUUCUCUAGUUAUCUCCCGCUUGGACUACUGCAAUGCGCUCUACGUGGGGCUACCUUUGAAGGUGACCCAGAAACUACAACUAAUCCAGUAUGUGGCAGCUAGACUGGUGGCUGGGAGUGGCCGCCGAGACCAUAUAAACCAGUCCUGAAAGACCUACAUUGGCUCCCAGUAUGUUUCCGAGCACAAUUCAAAAGUGUUGGUGCUGACCUUUAAAGCCCUAAACGGCCUUGGCUCAGUAUACCUGAAGGAGUGUUUCCAUCCCCACUGUUCUGCCUGGACACUGAGGUCCAGUGUCAAGGGCCUUCUGGCGGUUCCCUCACUGCAAGAAGUGAGGUUAAAGCAACCACGCAAGAGGGCCUUCUUGUUAGCGGCGCCCACCCAGUGGCACACUCUGUUGGGAUACUGCCAGGGAGAUAAAGUCCAUCAAGGCCCCCAAGCCGUCUGCCGGACGAUCCAUCGACCUCCCGUAGUCACGCAGUAUCAACAAUUAGCGACAUGAGUUUCUAGAAGAUUUCUUGCCACAUUCCAGAGCUCAUGCACACUCUUAUCAGCAGAUAAUGCACAGCCAAAAGUUGCAAUCAGGAGAGCAUUAUUUACAAGUUUAUUCAGCGUUGAUCAGAACACAGAAAAACAUGACUGACUGCUUUAGUGUCUACGACACAAGAGAAAAACGAAAGCAAUAGCAAACAUAAACAUCCUGUGAACAGGAAAUACGCAGACUCUGACUCACAAAGCCUGCUCCCUUUUAAGGUGGAACGGAAAUAUCCUAACAUCCUCCCCCUUUCCGUGUAACCUGUAGUACCUGUGGUUCAACCCAAUUGCAACCUUUGUACGUAAACCUUAAGUUGUUCUCUGUUAACAACCUUAGACAACAGAUCAGCAGGAAUUUCAUUUCCUGGCAUGUAGGACACCUGAAUGAGUCCUUUCUGAAUACACUCCCUUGCACAAUGUAGCUUAAUCUGCAAGUACUUGGUCCUUUGCUUGCAACUCUCUGAGUUCAGCAAAGCCAAACAAGAUCUAUUGUCUUGAUACACUUGUACAGGACAUUUCACAGAAACUCCGAUGUCCUUAAACAGUUGCAUCAACCAUUCACAAUCCAUGAGUGAAAAUGACAGAGCAUUGAGUUCUGCUUCACAGGAACUUAGGCUCACUGUCGUCUGCUUCCUGCACAACCAGUCAAACAGGCAGUGGUUGUACAUGUAGCAUACUCCAGAGGUGCUUGUACCAUCCGUGGUGUCACUUCCAAAACUUGCAUCUGCAAAGAUUUCAAGACCUCCAGUCUUCUGACUAGUGAACCUCAGCCUGUAGUGCAUAGUCCCUUUCAAAUAGCGGGCUAUGCGCUUCAGAGCUUUCCAAUCCUGAACAGUAGGAUUGUUAGCAUGUCUGCUAAGCAGGUUAGUGCUUACAGCAAUGUCAGGUCUUGAGCAUCUAGCAAUGAAAUUCAACUUGCCUAGAAUGCAUCUGUACAGCGUAGUGUCAGAAAACGCUUCAGCAGUACUGUCUACCUGGUAACCUGUCACCAUCGGUGUGUCUGCUGGGUUUGCAUCAACCAAAUUCAACCUGGUUAAUACAUCAGCAAUUUUCUGUGUUUGGUGUACCAGAAAAUUACCUGCUUGGUCCCUCUCCACCUGCAGAGAAAGAUAGUUGGAUACCUCACCAAGAUCCUUCAUGUCAAAGUGCUCCUUCAGCUGAGCUAGGGUGCUUUGAUAAAAGCCUGAUUCUUCCAAAACAUCAGAAGAUCAUCAACAAAACAUAAACAAUACAGUUUGUUUUGCCCUCCUCCUUGACAAACACACACGGAUCAGCUUUGCCCUGGUGAAAACCUAGAGAAAGCAAUGUCUCAGUGAGUUUUGUGUUCCAACACCUGGCACUCUGCUUGAGACCAUAUAAGGAUUUCCGCAGUUUACAGACCAUUCCCUUCUGUAUCUGCAUCCCAUCAGGUGGAAGCAUAAACAGCUCCUCCCCCCAAAACCCCGUACAAAAAGCUGUAUUAAUGUCAUGAUGGGAAACAUGCAGUUUCUCCUCUGCAGCUAUCUUGAGCAUCAGCCGAAUGCUCUCAUAUUUGACGGUGGGUGAGUAGGUCUCGUGGUAAUCCUGUCCUGGUACCUGUGAAAAACCUCUGGCAACCAAUCUGGCUUUGUGUCUGACAACCUUGCCAUUCUGGUCUGUCUUGGCCUUGAAGACCCAUUUGCUGCCAACCAGUCUCAUACCUGGGACUACUGGUACCAGUUCCCAAGUUUGGUUCCUAUUCAAGGAAUCAACUUCAGCCUUCAUGGCAUUAAGCCAAGGCUCAGCAUCUUUAGAGGUUAACUCCUGAACCUCUUUGAAGCUUGAAGGUUCCCACACCUUCUCUGAGCUACUAAGAACAGCAGUUGCUGUCUUAGCAAACUCAUCAGCAAAUCUCUUUGGAGGUCUGCCCUUGGUCGCUCUUUCAGAUCUGCGUACUAGACGCAAGUCUUCUGGACUCAUCUCCUCUUUCUUAGGAGAAAAAUGACCAAUGGUGAACAGUGGUUCUUCCAGUUCAUUGUCAGACGCAUCAGAUGGUCUGACUGAGGCCUUUGCGCUCUUGUAGUCUGCUGUGUCAUCACUGUCACCGACAUCAGCAGCAGCGCCGCCCACUGAACUGGAAUCCGAACUCUGAUCAUCAUCGUCAUCAUCAUCCUCAGCAGCUUCUACAGCUUUAGCUGCUUUCUUCACAUCACCUUCAUCCUCCUCUGGGUAACUCUGGAAAAUUCCCACAUUUUCCCCCCACUUAGGAUUGUACUCAACACUCUUUGUGAACUUAAUGGACUUAGAGUUGGUCAUCCACACCCUGUAUGCACCUUUUCGUACCCCAUGAACAAACCAUGUGCCCCACGCUUCCCAAGCUUGUUGCUCUGUGGGGUGUGUACCCACAUGUCAGAACCAAAAAUUCUCAUGUGCUUGAUGUUGGGUUUCUUACCAAACAUCUUCUCAUAGGGAGUACAACCAAUAGGUGAUGACAAUCUGCGAUUAUAAGUGUAAGCAAAAUUCGACAGAGCCUCCCCCCAAUACUUAUCAGGGAGAUUGGCAUCAUGCAACAAUGUUUUCAUUCCUUGCAGCAACGUUUGAUUUGCUCGCUCCGCAAGCCCAUUCAUCCAUGGCGAUCUAGGCGUUGACAAAUCAUGCUGGAUUCCCUUCUCAGUCAGGAAAGCUUCAAACUGCUGAGAAGUGAACUCCCCGCCCCGAUCAGUAAAGAGACAGCCAAUACGUUUACCAUGAACAUUCUCCAACCAAGCACAGAAUGCCUUGAACUUCGGAAACGCUUGCGAUUUCUGCUCGAGCAUAAACACAUGAAUGUACCUGGAAAAAGAGUCAAUUAGAACCAUGAAGUACCUUGCUCCACCCAAAGAGGGCGCAAGUGGACCAACCAGGUCUGCGUGCACUAGCUGGUAGGGUUUGGAAGCCUGCCUGCUAGACUCCUUGCCUUUUGGAGCAACCUUCACCUUGUUCUCUGCACAAGAUACACAUUUCAUGUGAAACUUACAGGGUUUGAUGUUCAAACCCUCAACCAUCUCUGGCAUCUUGGCCAGUGCCUUCCAAGAGAGAUGGCAAAACCUUCGAUGUGCAUCGUGAAUGCAUCCUGCAUGAAUGAAGGGAAGUUUUUCUUUCUGCAGUUCUCUCACUGUGAAGUUCUCUUUCUGCAGUUCUCUUACUGCACAUAACUCUUGCAUUCUGGGAAGUCUCGCUCAUAAUCUUUUCUCUGCUUCUGCACAAGAGUCUGAGAAUGUUCUGAACAGUUCCCAUUGAGUUCAUGAAACAGUGUAUCCUGACCUGUUCUUAAUGCAUUGCUGACCACAUUUACGGAACGUGAUUGUUGUAUUCCUUCAUGUUAUGUUCUCUCAAUAUCAAUCUUUAGUUAUAAUUUAAUUAGGAGGUUUCAUGCCUGUCUAGUUCCAGCUCCGUUUCCCAGUCUUUGAACUAUCAGUGAUUGAUGUUAUAUGUUAUUCCCGCCUUGUACCUAUGUUAACCAAUCAGCAACAAGAUGCUUUGUGUUUGUAUCAGCCAAUCAGCCACAAGCACACCUGUGGCAAUGUUUGUAAUAUUCAAUAAAAGAGAGUUCCCGGGGCUUGCCCCGGGCAGAUGCCUCUCCUUUGACACCCACCAUUCGUCUGUCGUGAUUUCAACCCAACAUCUGGUGACCCCUGACGUGCCAGAUCCCUUACGCAGCCAAACCUCAUACUUCACCCGACUGGAAAAGUCUCAGCGCGCUACUUUCGUGAGUAUGGGAGGGGACUUGACUAAGCUCCAGAAAGAGCAUGCUAAAGAAUUGCUUUAUUUAGUUAGGCAGCGGGAGGUGGGUGUUAAUAUUUCCUUAAAAGAAAUUGAACAAUUGCUAUGUGAGAUCGCUUUAGAAUGUCCCUUUUAUCCUGAGGCUGGUUCCUUGGACGUAGAGACUUGGCAAAAGAUCGGAAAAACCCUGUUUGCUGAACCUAGGGCUCCGAUUCAUUGUCUGCUCACUUGGCAGAAAUGUGCAGACGCCGUUGCUAAAUUUGGGGUGUCUCCCUCGGCGUCUCCCCUUCUUGCCAUUGCAGACAAUCCCCCACCCUACCCGAAACUUUUACCUCCUUCUCCCAGCCAAUCCCUCCCUGCUUCUCACCCUCCUCAGCCUGCAUCCUCCCCCCCCAUCCCUCCGCCUCAGCCUGAUUCCUCCCCCCCCAUCCCUCCUCCUCCUGCCACAGCCCCUGUUUGCUCUAUAGGAGCUGUGCGUGCUGCGCUCUCUCUGGCAAGGCAAAAGGGCUCCUGUCCUUAGAGGAGGAGUCUGAGUGGCCAGGUGAAAUGCCGUCUGCUUUCCCUAUCUCUUAUUCAAACCCUGGAACUGCUCAACAGCAGAUUUAUUAUGAAUCGCUUCCUUAUUCUGUAAUGAGGGAAUUAAGGAAAGCCAUUGCUGAUUCUGGUCUGAAAUCCUCUUAUGUGACAGGGAUGCUAGAAGGCAUAGCAACUGGUUACAUUAUGCUACCUCAGGACUGGAAAGACCUGAUGCGCAUGCUUUUGUCCCCUGCUCAGUAUGUGGUGUUUGAGAGUGAAUUUAAACAUAGCGCUUCAGCCCUGUCUGAUCCUCAACAUACUGCCAAUGAACUUUAUGGUGCUGGUCAGUUUGCUGAUAUAACUGCCCAAGCAACACUGACACCUGUACAUUUUGUUCGCACCGCGACCUGUGUUCAACGCGCCUUCGGAAAGUCCCUGUUUCUGGGCAACCGCUGAGCUCCUUUGUGAAUAUUAAGCAACAGCAUUCGGAGCCAUACCAUCAGUUUAUAGAUAGAUUGAAAGAAUCAGUCACUAGGCAGAUUGAUAACACCACUGCUCAAAAUGAAUUGAUGAAAAAUUGGCCUUUGAAAACGCAAACACUGAUUGCAAGAAAGCUUUGCAGUCAAUCAUACAUCGCCCUAAAUAUGAACUGGCCGAUAUGAUUCAAGCUUGUGCGGAUGUCGGUAGCCAGAGCCAUGCGAUGUCCUUGCUUGCCGGCGCAAUCCAAGCAACCACUAAGCCUACUGGUAACUGCUUUAAUUGCAAGCGCCCAGGCCAUUUUGCCAAGCAAUGCAGAGCCCCUGGCGGGGGGGCACACAAGGAUGGUUCUGCCUCUAAGGCUAAACCUUCUAAAAAGUGCCCGAAAUGUGGCAAAGGCUAUCAUUGGGCUAAUCAAUGCAGGAGUUCGGAAAACUGCAUUGCGGCCUCUCUCUCGGGCCAGGAAAAUUAGAGAGAUUUCCGCCUUUAAUUUCUGCUGCUGCAAACUUUUCAAAGAACACACCCUCUGAUUUUGCAAUUGAUUUGAUCAAUCAAGAGACCAAAGAUUCUGUUCUACCUGGUGAAAUUGUGCUUAUGCCCACUCAAUUGGCAGGUCCCCUGCCUCCUAAAGUCGCAGGUUUAAUUUUACCCAAAUUUUCUGCGGCAAAGGAAGGAAUCCAGGUUAUUCCUGGAGUUCUGGAUCCUGACUAUGUAGGCACAAUAAUGGUUCAACUCUGGAGCCAUAUGCCCAUGCAAUUAAAAAGGGUGAGUCUUGGGCGCAUUUGGUGGUGCUCCUUCUCAUCCUACUGCUUCUAUUAUGGAUACUAAUUUGCACGAGCUCUCUUCUUUCCCUCCACAGCUGUUAGCUGUAGUCCAGAGGAUUGGUGAGAAGAAGCUUCUUCGUAAGUAUAAAAUCAAUGGUAUUGUGCUGGAAGGCUUGAUUGACACAGGCGCAGACGUUUCUGUAAUUUCUAGUAGUUGCUGGGACCCCACGUGGCCCCUUGAGUCUGCCUCUGCAGUCUGGGGUGUGGGUGGCCCCCAAACCUCUUCCAAAAGCGUACAGUGGCUGCCUGUUUCUCUGCCUGAUAGCUCUGAAACCAUUGCUUACAUCCAGCCCUGUGUGCUGAAAAUCCACCUCAAUCUGUGGGGAAGAGACUUACUACAACAAUUACAAGCUACCAUUCAAUUUAAUGAGUAAGCUUGCACUUCCCUCAACUGGAAAUCUUCUGGUCGUGUCCUGGCUAUACGUUUAAUUACAUUCCAGCAAUACAUCAGCCAUGGCACACCUUGCUGUUUAAGCCGUUUGUCCAUCAUUUUACCCAAGAAGCAUCAUUUAUCCCGCUCUCGAUAUCGCUGCAAUAUUGAAUUGACUAAUGAUUGUGAUGCUUUUGUCUCUCUUCUCAGUAGGUCUGAAUAUAUCUCUUUAGCUGUUUCUCUCUUAGGAGUCCCUGGAUUGGCUGUACGGAAUCGUAUGAACAUUAAUUUGCUUGUUAUGAGCAAAAGCCCUGAAUCUUACUUCACAAGCUCUUCACCUUUUGAAUAAAGAGCAGAGUGAACUAUAUAAUGGACUUUUAUGAAAUCGUGCUGCUAUCACUAUUUGCUCAUGCUUCAUCAUUAUGGCUGUGAACAAGUGAAUGACAUGUGUUGUUUCAAUAUUACUGACAAUUCAAGAGCCAUUCAAAGUCAAAUCUCUCAUUUGCAAAAUCUUACACAUCACAUUAAACAGGACAUUGGUUUUCCUGGCCUCUGGGAUUCUUUCACCCAGUGGCUCACCGCUUGGUUGCCAAACCUGAAUUGUCUUCGUGGUCUUUUUCAAUAUGCUAUUUUCAUAAUUUGUAUUCUUAUUUUACUAUGCUGUUUCCUUCAAUGCGUUCCUAGCCUCAUGAGUCUUUUCUCUCGGCUUCUCUCCCCCCCUCAACCACCCAGUAAACUCCUUGCUGCUUACAUUGCGAAAUGGCAACACCAACAGUAAACCUUAGGGGAGAUGUGGGCGGAUUUAUUUUGGGCAUGCGCUGGCAAACCACGUAUCCUGAAGUACUUUUGUCCCAUCGACCCUGGCAGGCUUAUUUCGGGCAUUCGCUGGCACACCACUAAUCCCGAAGUAUUUCUGCCUUAUCUACCUAGAACGCCUCGCAAACAAGAAAAGAAAGGGGGAGAUGAAGGGAAGUUUUCUUUCUGCAGUUCUCUCACUGUGAAGUUCUCUUUCUGCAGUUCUCUUACUGCACAUAACUCUUGCAUUCUGGGAAGUCUCGCUCAUAAUCUUUUCUCUGCUUCUGCACAAGAGUCUGAGAAUGUUCUGAACAGUUCCCAUUGAGUUCAUGAAACAGUGUAUCCUGACCUGUUCUUAAUGCAUUGCUGACCACAUUUACGGAACGUGAUUGUUGUAUUCCUUCAUGUUAUGUUCUCUCAAUAUCAAUCUUUAGUUAUAAUUUAAUUAGGAGGUUUCAUGCCUGUCUAGUUCCAGCUCCGCUUCCCAGUCUUUGAACUAUCAGUGAUUAAUGUAAUAUGUUAUUCCCGCCUUGUACCUAUGUUAACCAAUCAGCAACAAGAUGCUUUGUGUUUGUAUCAGCCAAUCAGCCACAAGCACACCUGUGGCAAUGUUUGUAAUAUUCAAUAAAAGAGAGUUCCCGGGACUUGCCCCGGGCAGACGCCUCUCCUUUGACACCCACCAUUCGUCUGUCGUGAUUUCAACCCAACACAUGAAGAACUUUGUUAGUUUGUGCAACACAACAAGAAUCAACAUUAGACACAACAGCACCAAUGUCAUCAUAAGUUAUACAGAACAAGCCAUCCAUAAACUUUGCAUGCAAAAUGUCCUCUUUGCCUUUUCUGAUGACACAGACGCUCCUCUUGAAGGAAAUCUCAAAACCACGCCCAGUCAACUGUGGGACACUGAGCAAAUUGCUGCAGCGCCUGGAACAUACAGUACAUCUUUGAUGGUAGUGUGCAGACUUGCCAGAUUCACAGUCCCUUCUCCUGCGAUUCGCAUCGUCUUUCCGGCAGCCAGGUGGAUCUCACCUUCUUGAGGUCGAAGGAUGUCAAGGAAAUAAACAACUAUCUGACUUAGAAGACAUCUGAAGGCAGCCCUGAUUAGGGAAGUUUUUAAUUUGUUGUUUAGUCGUCUUAGUCAUGUUUGACUCUUCGUGACCCCAUGAACCAGAGCAUGCCUUGGAAACUCUCACUUUCUUCUCAAAACUUCUCCCUUUUUAUGUCCAUGGAGUUUUCUUGGCAAAAUACUGGAGUGGUUUGCCAGUUCCUUCUCCAGGUGGAUCACAUUUAGUCUAAACUCUUAGCUAUGACUUGUCUGUCUUGGAUGGCCCUGCACGGCAUAGCUCAUAGCUUCUUCGAGUUCUUCAAGCCCCUUUGCCACGACAAGGCAGUGAUUCAUGAAGGGGAAGUUUUUAAUGCUUAAUGUUUUAUCGUGUUUUUAAUAUUCUGUUGGGAGCCACCCAGAGUGGCUGGGGAAACCCAGCCAGAUGGGCGGGGUAUAAAUAAAACAACAACAACAACAACAACAACAACAACAACAACAACAACAACAACAACAGGUUAAACUCUUUCGGACUCAAAGUCACAUUACCACAUGGCCAGCCCACAAAGGACAGCGUGCCAGGGGUGGGUAUGGACAAAUCGAAAAUCCGAAUGGCCAAAGUGGACACAACCACCCAGACUCUUAUGCACCAACACUUAACACACAACCUUCUUUCCUCUUGUCUCUUUGCUUUAUUCCUAUUGCAUGCCCUGCCCAAUGGACCGUCUUAAACCAUAAAUAAUGAGACACAAGUUCUACUUUUGGGUCAUAUCAGGCCACAACCUUGACUACAGAUGUAGUAGACGUAGUAGGGGUGGGUAGGCCCCAACCCUUCCGGCCCGCCUGCUGGAAGUACUUAAGAUGGGGUCAACCAGAAGAGAGGGGGUUCUUGACCUACAUCAAAGAGUAGCUCUCUCUCUGGAUUGCCCUUGGGGAGUGCUGUGGCUCCACCCCACCUGGGCGCCCAGACAGAAGCACCUCCCCUGGAUCCCUUUAACAGGAUACCCCAUUUUCUGGAGGGGUAAGCAGAGGCCACAACCUUCCCUCCAUCCAAGACUAUGCUUACUCAACCAUCAAAGUUGUGACGAUUGCUAUGAGGAUGGUGGAAGAUCAGCCACGAUGCACCUUUUAAUCCUCAGGGAGUGGACCCAAACAAAGCCAGCAGGCCCAGCCAGUUUCGUCCCCUGGGAGUGCCCGUCCCCCAAACUGCUCACAACUGGCCGAUUGUGCAAGCAGGCUGAAUCCACUUCCCAGUUCUGGGACGUCCUUUGCCGCAUGAGAAGUGAUUCAGAGGGGUCAAACAUCUUUCUUUGUUCUGGCCUGAGUCAGUGGGCAUUAAGCGGUCUUUGGAGAAAGUCAGGACGUGAAGUUGGAAAAAAGUGAUGCUUAAGCAUGAGUUUUUACUCUGUUAUGGUUAGUACUAGCAAGGGGGCAGGGCUACAACAGGGUUUUGUGUGGCGGGUGCAGGGGUGGGGGAAAGAUUUUUAAUGUUUGAUCUUUUAUUGUGUUUUUAAUAUCCUGUUAGAAGCUGCCCAGAGUGGCUGGGGAGGCCCAGCCAGAUGGACAGGGUAUAAGUAAUAAAUUAUAAGAUAGAUUUUCAGUCAGGAUUGGUUUGGGCAGGUGAGGCAGAGGGAACAAACAGCCAAUACAGUGGUACCUUGGUUCUCGAACGGCUUAGUUGUCGAAGAAAUUGGCUCCCAAAUGCCACAAACCGGGAAGUAAGUGUUCCAGUUUGCGAACGUUUUUCAGAAGCCGAAUGUCCGACGCGGCUUCCGCUUGAGUGCAGGAAGCUCCUGCAGCCAAUCAGAAGCCCUGCCUUGAUUUUUGAACGGUUUCGGGAGUCAAAUGGGCUCCUGGAAUGGAUUAAGUUCGAGAACCAAGGCACCACUGAAUAUGGAAUUCAAAGGGAAUACGGCAAUGUUAAAAAUGGUGGCCAAUGUUGCAGAGCAAUGGAGUCACCUUACACGUGAUGGACAGGCUGUAAGUAAAUAUUCUGUGGUUUGGUAGAUAGUAAGUCACCGUGAGCUGAGUAAAAGAGCCCUAUGAUUGAGGGAUGGUAAGCAUCUCCCAAGGGGCUUAACAUUAAUCACUGGGCUGUAGUGCUUAACCCUGAGAUCAGAGAUAAAAGAUCCUUCUGCUCACUCAUUAGAGAGGAACUCUAGAUCCUUUCAGAGUCAAGGGGAUUUUAUCUCCCAGUCAGGAGAUAAAGGGCUCUUCUGGCUUUUCAGAGAUCACUCUCCAAAGAACAGAGGACUUCUGCUUCUUGUUGUUAGCAGAGGCACUUGAAUAAAGCAGACCACGUCCAGAGAUAAAAUCUUUACUGAAUAAACACAACAAAACAGUUUACAACUUGAGCAGAAAGAAACUGAGGGGUACUGCUUUUGGAGAGGAGUUAAACUAAACCUCCCCAAGAAACGCCCCCCUUACACUUAGAAAGCCUAUCAGAGCAAAUGCUACCUUAGUAAUGUAGCAGGAACCCCCCACCCCAAUCAUUCAGUUUGUACAAACUUCACACACUCACACUCACACACUACAUAUGCCACACUUCUGUUAUAAAUUCAUAGAAAAAUCAACCAUACAUCGGAUUUGCACUGUUCCAUUUUUAUUUUACUCCAUAUGACAAGGACUAUCAAAGGGGGGUGGCUUGGUUCUAGUCAGCCAUAAUCCCUUCACCAUCCCAGCACAUCCACAGGAGCCCUGCCCAGUUGCUAUGCCAACCCUGAUGGUCCUAGAAAGAAGACCAUCAAGAUCACAGAGAACUUGCAUAUGGGAGUGGAUUCAGCAUGGACUGAAACAAAGGACAAUGAUCAGAUCUUCCCUCUGGGGGCAGGAAACUGCCAACUCCCCUUUGUCUCCUGGAAGUGACUCAUGGGCAGGGGGAAAGGAGGAACCAGCCAGGUGACAGGACACUCAGGUUACCACCACAACUCCUCCCUCAACCCCUCCUUUCUGUAAUGUAUGCAUGAUGUUUCUGGGGGUGGGCUUGACCUAGAGGAUGGGAAUUUCAAAAGUUUUUAUAAGGUCUUGCACACCAUCUUUCUGGGUCUUUCCUCUCUUUCGCAAGUGAGGAGAACACCCUGUUGCAACAGUUCAAUAAAGGCCAAGCCUACAGGCUGCUGUUUUGCUCCAAGUUAUCCUGGUUGGUGUCUUUAUUUUGUCCAAGGGAGCCCUCGGAUUUUUCCGGUAACAGUAAAUAUUAUGCUACGUCCUCAGGUGCUAAGCUUGGCCCCCACCCCUCUUGGGUAGCUGAGGAACAUUGAGAGUUUCAGGGGCUGGCGGCACUGGAGGAGGAAGAGGGGGGUGGGGGAGCGCACCACCCCCAGCACCACAAUCCCGGUGGGGUGCCAUUGUGGCUGCCCCCCAUGCGCUGGGUGCCAUGCCCCCGCAGGCGAUGCGCCAUGCUCCCAAGACGCAAGCCACGACCCUGCAGGCGGCACACCAUGCCCCCAGGGAUGCACAGAUGCCCCCCCAUGCGCGCCAGCCACUCCCCCGCCUGCUCUCUGCCGGACUGCUGGCAGACUGCUUCCUGAAGCUUAGCAAAGCCUACAGCCAUCAAUUAGCCAACCCUGGCCUAAAUAAAAACAGUCUAAUGUGAUCAGUGCUAAAUUGUAUAAUAAAAUUAGGGCUGCAGUAUUUAAUUCACCACCUAUAUUAAUCAAUUAAAAAGUGUUUAACUAACUAAAAAGGCACCGUGAGACAGGAGAGUUUUUUAUAAGCAAAUUAUUAAGCAAUGUCCUAAGAUGUAUUCUUCAUCUUUCUCACUCCUUGUUAAUGUGUGCUAUGUUUAAAAACAAAGUGAGUUUUGCAUCAGAAAUUCUCUUUACACAUAUGCAAAUCUGACCAUGUUUAAUCACUAUAUUAAUUGAUUAAAACAUAUAAGUUAACAUUAUUGGGUUACUGCUUUUGGUUUGACUGUAUAUGUUGUGGUGUUGUUGUGAACUGCCCUGAGACCUCUGGGUAUAGGGCGGUGUAUAAGCUGAAUUUAAUAAUAAUAAUAAUAAUAAUAAUAAUAAUAAUAAUUCCUUUGACUUGUAGUCCAAAAUGAAAUUAAAGAAACAUGUGCCAAAGUUUUAUCAAGCAGUCCAAUGCAUUCCAAGUGACUGGUCAGUAUAAAAGGAAGUAGUAGCAGGUUGAUAUCUUACCGUGUAGUUGGGUAGAAUACUGGUUACAUAUUUUCCCUUCUAUUUCCAUAACACAAAGAAUUGCGCAUUGUUCUUUUAAAAAGUUUGAAAAUCCAGGAAUAGAACCUCAAAUGGUUCUCCCCUAGUCCUUCCUUCUGGCACAAACAUGACACAUGAGAAAGAUUUCCACCUCUCUCAGAGGAAAAUUUGAACAGAAAUGGACUGCCAAAUAAUCAUUUAGCUGUGCAUUGUUCUGAGACUGGCAUCUAUAAGCCUCUAAUGGCACCUCCAUUGUAGGUUCUGUGGGAACCACUGUGCAAGCAGAAAAACUGGUUGCUAUGAGUUCAGGGAUGCCAGAUAUGUAUAAUUCCUGGAUCCAGUAAGAAUUUUAUCAAGGCUUGAAGUGUUAAACUGGGUGCCAGACACUGAACCCCUGGAUUUAGCAAGUGCUAAAAUAUAAGCUAUGCUAGUUUACUUGAUGAGGUAAUUGCCUGGGUGAUGGGCCAUUAAGAGAACAUAGCAAAAGUGAUGGGCCAUUAAGAAAGCCAAGGAGAGGGGGCUCUGUGCUAGACAGAAAAUGGCUGGGGCCCUUUCUCUUGCUCUUAGAUAGUUAGAAGGACAAAAGCCUGUGUUUUAGAGUUCAGGGUUGGCUGUGAUGUGACCUGGGGGGCGGGGAGGUUGCAGGCUGGAAAAGGCAGAGAGAGAGCAUAAUGUUUUUUCGCUUGAAUCCCAAUCUGUGGCUAUGGGAGAAACAAGAACCCCUCAAUCACAGGCUGAGGUUGUAUAAAUAUGAUCCUCUGCCUCGUUUCCAAAAGAAAGCAUGAACCCUAGGUAAGCACCUGGAAUCCCUGGACUCUUGGGUUGCUUGGAGAUUGGGGCAUAGCUGUCAACUUACAGAUUUGAAAAUAAGGGACCAGCAGCCUCGAAAAUAAGGGAUCAGCAGCCAAAAUAAGGGAUUUUGCUUAGCUUAUGAGUUCCAUCGGCCCUUCCCCACCCAAGAGGGAGGGAGAGAGACUCUCGCCCAUGCCACCCGUGAGCCUGGCAUGAGGCAGUUGCGGCGCCACCACGGCCGCUGAAGCACCGCCCUUCUGCGUCCCUCCCCAUCCCCUCCUCUUCCUCCCCCCUCAGGCCGCUGCUGCCGCUGCUGCCUCUGGCUUUCCCUGGCAGCGCGGUGGAAGCUCGCAUGAGAGGGGCUGCCUGCCUGCCAGCCGCCCCCCUUUCCCGGGGGGAAAGGGAGAGACGGAGACGCGGCAGCUCGUGUGCGCUCUCUCUCUCGCUCUCUCUCGGCAGAGGACCCCGAGCUGCUGCUUCCCUUCUGAGCCGGGCGAGCAUGAAACCCGGGAAAUUUAAGGGACAUCAUCAAUCCGGGACAGCAGCGGGACACGGCGCUGGGAUAAGGGAGUUUCCUGCCAAUUAAGGGACGGUUGACAGCUAUGCAUUGGGGUGGCGAGCAACAGUAUUAACUAAAGCUUUCAUAUACAAUGGUAACCUUGGUUUUUGAACUUAAUCUAUUCCGGGAGUCCAUUCAACUCCUGAAACCAUUUGAAAACCAAGGCACAGCUUCCAAUUGGCUGCAGGAGCUUCCUCCACUCAAUUGGAAGCUGCGAAAGUCGCUUUGGACGUUCAGCUUCUGAAAAACGUUCACAAACCGGAAUGCUUACUUCCAGGUUUGUGGUGUUCGGGAGCCAAUUUGUUCAAUAACCAAGCCGUUCAGGAACCAAGAUACCACUGUAAUUAAACAAGAAGAAAAUAAGGUAUUGUGAAACUGCAUAUCCUAAAAUGCCUAUAUUUUAAUGUCUUUUAGACUGUUGUGAAAAAACAUAUGCAAAAAGCAAUUUGCAUGCUUUCUAGAAACAGCAAAGUAAAUGGUAGUUUACUGCGUUCAACCCACUUCAUCUAGUAGGAGUCUACGGGAGAAAUCUAUACAAUUUGCAGUGCCCACUAACUCCUCUUCAAAACAGAGAAAUGGAAACCGAAGGGGAAUUUGACCAUGUGAAAACUGCAGAAAAAUGCAUCCAACGGAAGGUAAAUUCUCAAGUCUUUUUCCCCAAUGAGACACAUGCCACAAUUUCCCCAGUAUGACAACAUGGGUUUGUGCCUCAAGUUCGUGGCAGUUUGACACUGCUUAUAUAAUUUCGGUAUAAAAUCCAAUAAAAACGGGUUUUUGGAGAUCACAACAUCUUCAAGGAUCGUGAAAAUGGGAGGAAGGAAAAGUCCAAUCAGCGGAUUUGUAACUUAUGUUUUGAAUGAUCACUAAGCUUCAGUUUUUAUACCGUUAAGCUGUAGGAUAUACAUAGCAGACUGAUGGAUUUGACAUGGCUUAUGUCCAACACAAGUUGCUUGCUUCUUGACACAAAGUACUUUUUUUUUUUAAGGCCCCUGACCAAUCCAGAUGAUGAGAAUCAAGAGCUACAUCUUAAGUGGGAAAAGAUCACAUUGCACUUUCUGUUUUGAAACUAAUGGGUCGGCCAUAAGAGUCUUAUUUUGACCGUCUGCACCUUCCUGUAUUAUUUCAAUAUGAGCUCAUUUCUGCUUUGCCCCGUUUUUCUUCUUUGCCAAUGAAUAAUGCCAUGUCAAAAGAACCAGAGCACCAGACAUUUCAAGCAACUCAGAAUUUAACUAUGAAGCAGAAAUAGCACAGCUAAAAUGUAGGUUCCAAAAAUGAAGGCGUGGGGGAAGGCUUUUACAUUCUGUUUUUUCAAGCAUUCCUCAUAGCAGACAUGGGUUGAACUGGAGCAGACCUGUAUGUCUCAUCAUGUCUACUUUGCUAGCUAUGGUCUUCCAGAGGGUGGCAGGUUCUUGAACAUCUGGUGUGCUCCUUGAAUAUAUUUGGCUCCAACUCUCUGCAUGAUAUAACAGAGCCGCGUGUAAGCCUAGCCUAAUCUGUGCAAUAGGCCUGCUAGCGACUGCUAAGAUGUCGGCUGGUCUGCAACACACACACUGGCUGAACUUUUCUGAACUUGCAUGUGUUCUAUGAUCCUCCACUGGAAUGUUUUCAGAAGCCCUGCCUGUCUUCCAAGGUCUGGCACUAUGCGUUUUAUGGACUUUCCAGAUGCUGUAGUUAUCUGUUCAGACUGAGCAGUGAUCAAUCAACCAGCCAGAUGAUCUUGCUCCAGGAAAUGCUUCAGCUGUGACAGAACCACUUGCCCCUAAAGCCAGACUACUUGUGAAUGGAGAUUUUCUUCACCAAAUACAACGACCAUGGAUGCCAAUGAUCUGCAUUUAAGCUUGGACAGAGGCCCCUCUGCUGCCUACGUACCUUGGGGAUGCUCAGGUGACUCCCCCCCAUUCCACUUGAAAGAAUGAAUGGGUGGUUGUGGGUCUGCACAGGCCAGCCGCACCCCACUCCUGUGUGCAGUAGCAAUGGCCUCUGCACUUUGGGCUGGUGUGUGAUGGAACUCUACAUGGGACCUCUAGGUAAGGGUGGAACUUGGCAUAAAUAGGCCCCCUUCCUCAUGCAGAGAAGAUGUUCAUGUGUACCCCUUUCUAAUGCCAGUGGAAUGAGCAAAUAGUGCGGUCCCCGAGUGUGUCACCUAUUGUGGAGGCAAGACUAAUUCACAGAGCUCCCCUUGAACAUUUUUUCAACAGAUGGGGAGGGAUCUGAAGGAAUCUUCAUACUGUUUUUGAGAGCUCAUCCAUUUUUACCUUUCCUCAGUGCUUUUUUCCUAAAAAAAUGUUUAGGGGUACAGUGGAUGCUCGAACGUGAUCCGUGCAGGAGGCACAUUUGCAUGCCGCAGUGUUCGCAACCCGCAGUGUUGUGUCUGCACAUGCGCAGGUUGCAAUUUGGUGCUUCUGCGCAUACGCAAAGCACGAUAUAGCACUUCUGCGCAUGUGCGAGCGCCGAAACCCAGAAGUAACCUGUUCCAGUACUUCUGGGUUCGGCACGGUGCACAACCCGAAAACGCAAAACCCGAAGCGUCUGUAACCCGAGGUAUGACUGUACUCCCAUUUUCCUACUCAUAUUGAAAUACUGCCCCUCAACGAGGCCUAACUUAGAUUCACAAAAUGUUUAGGGGUGUGUGUCCCCCUGCAUCCCCCCAGAAAAAAGCACUGCCUUUCCUUAAUGAAAGAAAACCAGAGAUUGUGUGUAUCUCAGACCCUCCAAGUGUCCCUAUUUUCCAGGGACAGUCUUGGAUUUACAGAAGCCACCCCAGUUUCUGAUUUCAUCCUGGAAUUUCCCACUUUUCCUUAGGACGUCCCAAUUUUAAUUGGAGAAAUGUUGGAGGGUAUGGUGCCUGUCUCUCUGUGUGUGACAUCGCAUGUAGCCAUUGCAAAUACAGCUUGUGCAGCCACUGAAGUAGAGGGAAACCAACUCAAAGCAGGAUUCAAGUGCAUGGAUGUUUUUCUGCAUGCAGCAGGUACACAGAAAGUUUCCGGGCAGAGAACUCGAAAGCCUCAAGGGUGAUAUAGGUGGACCAACUAUGGCAGCAAGAACUGCAAAAACCACAAAAGGGGAUAUUGAAUCAGGCACUUCAGAACUCCUGGUUAAAAAUGCUAGCACAGUUCAACUGAAGCAAAAUUUGAAAGAGGAAAGCUUUAUUGUGUAUUUUAUUUAUGGUUCUAUACUUGUAACCCACUUAGAAGCCACUCUUUGUGAUUAAGACAUACAUAAAUGGAACAGCAGCAACAACAAUUUGUUAUGGACUGUCCACUGGCAGAGGAAGAGGAGUGGGGGGGGGAGCGCACCGCCUGCGGCAGUGAGAUCCCGGUGGGGUGUCAUCGCGGCUGCCCCCCCGGGGGCAGUGCCAUGCCCCUGAGGGUGGCGUGCCACACCCCCGGGACGCGCGCCAGCCCCGCCCCCGCCUGCUCUCCAUCCCCCCGGGUGCCGGAGCAUGAAGCUCCACCAUUGGGACUGUCCCAUCUGUGGUGCAGCCUCUACUUGAGUGUUCUUCAAAAUAGUUAUGGAUUUUUAUAUUUGAUUUUUGUAUUUCAGACUAAUUUUAGUUCAGGUCUGGCUAGACUGAAGAGGUGAUGGUGACCACAUUAUUGUGAAUCAUGCCUAAGACAAAGCAGAUAAGGUCAAGAGAUAAUGCUGUGACAACACUGUCUCAAGACUUAGACAAAGCACCACCCAGCUCGGGGGUUGUUUUUUUGAGCAUCCAACAGCAUUAUGAAGAAGAACUGAGUGAGAAGAAAGGAAUUUGCCCUUUCAGAUAAUUUUGUUGGCCCAUGCAGAUUUGGCAUUCCAAAGGAAAGAGAAUGUGAAACCUUGUUAUCUGGCAAUCAAGCAACAACUCUUUCUAAUGCCUUUGAAGCCAAACCUGAGUUCUGUAUGACUCAUUUGUAGUUGAGUUUAUAGUGAUCCAUGUUUUCCUGGCUUUAAAGUGUGACAUACUUAAUCUCUUAAUAGUCCAGAGUUCAAGUUUAGCACUCGAUUGAAACAGAUUCAUCUAUCACUGAAUGUCAAAAUACAGUUGUAUUUGUAGCACUCCUUUUACAAACUCCAGAUAUUCCAUUGAAUCAAAUUCUACCUAGUUUUGUGCAAUAGUAGCGCAGGCUGCCUGAACACCGUUAGCAAGGUUUCAAUUUCUGUUCCGACAUGUUUUCAUUAAAGUGGGCUUCUUCCAUUCAAUUGCUGUCCUCUUGCAACGACACAAAGCUAUAUUUGUUUUGCUUUCUUUUUAAAUGGCCUGUCUUUCCUAAUUAUUUACAUUGUAGUCUUUUUCUUUUGCUACCCAAUUUCUUGCAUAACCAUAUGUCAAGCCACCGGGUGGCGCCUGUGGUCAACUCUCCCUUCAUUUAAAAACUUUGCCUUGAACAUUCAGUACUAUUAUGAUUGUUUAAAGAACAAAUAGUGGGGUGAAAGGAAAAAUGAAUAAACGAAUGACAAAGUAUUACAUAGUAAUAAUUACUAUGUACUACUUCUUAGGUGUCCUAUGUGAAAUAAUGGUUAUAGUAUUGGACUUGUUGGCUGGAGUGUUGGACAUAGGAUUUUUUGCGGCAAGUAUUAGGAUAGAGAUUAAAGGUUUAAAUUCUUGUUCCUUUCUACUUCAGUAAUGUUAAACAAGGUCAGCAGUGCUGUAGGACGUGGGUGGCGCUGUGGUCUAAACCACUGAGCCUCUUGGGCUUGCCGAUCAGAAGGUCAGCAGUUUGAAUCCCUGACGUUGCUCUGUCCCAGCUCCUGCCAGCCUAGCAGUUCGAAAGCACGCCAGUGCAAGUAGAUAAAUAGGUACCACUGUGGCAGGAAGGUAAAUGGCAUUUCCAUGUGCUCUGGCUUCCAUCACGGUGUCCUGUUGCACCAGAAGCGGUUUAGUCAUGCUGGCCACAUGACCCGGAAAGCUGUCUGUGGACAAACACCUGAUCCCUCGGCCUGAAAGCGAAAUGAGAGCCACAACCUCAUAGUCGCCUUUGACUGGACUUAAUCGUCCAGGGGUCCUUUACCUAUUACACAUCCAGUUAUGUCUGAGGUGCAUUGAGUUAUGUUCUCCAAGCACGUGUUACAUAUGUUUUGUUGUUGUUUAGUCGUUCAGUCAUGUCCAACUCUUUGUGACCAAAUGGACCAGAGCACACCAGGCACUGCUGCCCAUUCUCGUGCUGCCACCCUCCGCACCUCUCGAGGAGGAGGCUCACAAAGAAGGGCCUCAAAAGACGAUACCAGGGUUUGGGCAGAUUCAUAUGGAAAGAGGCGGUCCUUGAGGUAUUGAGGUCCAGAGCCGUUUUAAGGCUUUAUAGGUCAAAACCAGCAUUUUGAUGUUGUUUUGAUGUUUUGAUGCAUCUACAGAUAAGAGACACAGAUACUGUUGAGAUUUUAAUUUUUUUUAAUAUGAUAAACCAGCUUUGAUGUUUUUCUUCAUGGGUCUGAAUAUGCUGAGGCUUUGUGCUAAAAUAUUUGUACGAAAACUGCACCCUGAUUUACCAGACUGGUAUAGUUCUGUAAGAAUCCAUGCGUUCAACACCCACCACACCUGUUCCUAUCUAUACCGUAAACCUCUCUGUGAUCCUCGGAUGAAGGACAGUGUAGAAAUUGAAUAGACAAAUAAAUCUCAAUAUGCUAACUAAUCUUUCCCCCCCUCACGUCCGCCAAUAACUUUUUUGGUAUCCCAUUCAUAACCUUCCUCCAAGCUGUCUCCUGCAGAAACUUCCUCCUUGGCCCCAUUAACUCCAACAGGAAACUCCUAAUUUGAAAGUAUUGAAACCAUGGUGAUUGCCAUCCAGCUGUAGUCAGAGAAAUGUCACAAAUAAAAGCUCGUCUUAAUUUAGUUCUCCAAACCAUGAAAUCCUAUUUCUCUGCCUGCUAAUAAAAUCCAUAUCCUGAUUUCUCACAGAAAACCUAUGAUGCAAUACCACAGAUGCUAUAUGUGAAAUAUCAGAGCUUAAUUUUGUUUUAUAUUUAUCCCAUGUUUUUAAUAAUCGAGACAAAAUUUGGCUUCGUUUCAAGUCCACUUCCCUUUUCAAGGAUUUCCCCAUUUUAAAAUAGUGAUUUAUUGACCACUUCAUAUUUAGAAAAAGAAAGUACAAUGGUACCUCAGGUUAAGAACUUAAUUUGUUCUGGAGGUCCGUUCUUAACCUGAAACUGUUCUUAAACUGAGGUACCACUUUAGCUAAUGGGGGCGCCUGCUGCCGCCACCGCACAAUUUCUGUUCUCAUCCUGAAGCAAACCUGAGGUACUAUUUCUGGGUUAGUGGAGUCUGUAACCUGAAGCGUCUGUAACCUGAAGUGUCUGUAACCCGAGGUAUCACUAUACCCUGGUCCCAAGUUGUUAAGGGUGACAGGAGACCCACUGAUCCUCCCAAAAGCCUUGUUUCCUGGUGAAUGGAAACACCUAGCUAAUCAGGAUACUGUAGCGUUAUUUGCCGCAAUUUAGAUAAAGCACUUUCUUCCAGACUGGCACCCACAACCAAACAGCUGAAAGCACUUCAUAACUUCCCCUCCAAUUUUACUCCAAUCGGUGUCCUUCGACCAGUGUAGUGGUCAGGUGUAAGGAUUCUAGGACCUCGACAGAACCCUCAUGCAUCCUUCUUGUAGCCAAGCAAGUACUUACUGGGUGCUAUCUCCACUUGGUGCCCAGUGUGGAGAAACUGGUUGUGCUGCCCUAAAACCGCCUCUGCUAUGAGCAGGACACGAUUGUAAGAGCACUAUCAGCUCUUAGACUUCCUAUCAACUGGUAUUCAGAGUCAUACUGCCUCUGAUCAUGGAGAAAAAGCACAGCCAAGUCAUUAUCCUUCAUGAACUGGUCAAAUCCUCUUUUUAAAGCCUUCUAAGUUGGUGGGAGGGGCGUGGGUAGCUCUGUGGGUUAAACCACAGAGCCUAGGGCUUGCCGAUCAGAAGGUCGGCGGUUCGAAUCCCCGCGAUGGAGUGAGCUCCUAUUGCUCGGUCCCUGCUCCUGCCAACCUAGCAGUUCGAAAGCAUGCAGUGCAAGUAGAUAAAUAGGUACUGCUGCAGUGGGAAGGUAAACUGUGUUUCCGUGCGCUGCUCUGGUUCUCCAGAAGUGGUUUAGCCAUGCUGGCCACAUGACCUGGAAGCUGUCUGUGGACAAACGCCGGCUCCCUCAGCCUACAGAGCAAGGUGAGUGCGCAAGCCCAGAGUCGUCCACGACUGGACCUAAUGGUCAGGGGUACCUUUACCUUUUAAGUUGGUGGUCAUUCACUGGCUGCCAGUGAGUUACUGGGCCCAGUUCAAGGAGUCAAUACUAGCAUAUAAAGCCCUAAAUGGCUUAAGAUCCAAGUACAGUGGUACCUCGGUUCUUGAAUGUAAUCCGUUCCGGAAGACCAUUCGACUUCUGAAAUGUUCGAAACCGAGGUGCAAAGGGCUGUCCGCAAAUUUAAUUGAGAAAAUUGAAAAACACGCAGUGGAAGCUGCCCUAAGUCCCUAGAAGGAUCCUAGACACUGUCUGUUUAAUUGACACUGAAAUGGGGAAUGCCUAAAUGUGUAUUACUGAAGACUUUAACAUGGGGAUUUUCCAUGGGGCUAUACUAAGUGGUCUCUGAGCAUCUGGUUGGGUUGAAAAACUAUCGUUGCUUUCUGCUAGCUAACAUGUGAGUGUUUAACCUUAAAUCAGGUGACAAAGGUAUUUGGUUGCAAAUUUGCCAUCUUGGGAGGGUGGUGGUGGCUGAGUCUUUGCUCUCAGGCUCUGUGAGAGUAAGAUGUGAUAAUGGAGCUCACUCCGGGAGUACACAGCCACAGGCAAAAUGGAGGCUAUAGGAAGACAGAGACCUCUGCUUCUAGGUCUGUUUGGAAUUAUCUUUUAUUUCUAAGAAAAUGAACCUGUGUUGGACUUGUACAAUAUAUUGUAUGGAGCUAUUUUGAUGUAUCUUUGAUGUUUCUGUUCUGUUUUGAAGAAAGUUCUGCAAGAAAAGCUUUGAAGCAAACUUAUGGGCCUUGGCAAUGUUUUUAUUCCAAAAGGAGUUAGUUUUUCUCCACCUUGUUGCUUCAAACUGCACAAUAUUAAUAUCUGCAAUAAAGUUGGUAACUUGGAGUUCCCUAUUUGAGGCUGCAGUACUAUGCACCUUACCUGAGAUUAAGCUCUGUUAAAGACAGUUGGAAUUACUUCUGAGUAAAUCUAAUUAAUUUAAAACAUUUAUAUACAAACAUGCUUAGGAUUUCACAUUCAGACUGUUAUUAAUACAUGAUUCCCCUUGCUAGGACACGGAUACUGGUAUUGCUGUCUUCUUUAUGGUCUUCUUCUCUGAAUGUUCCAUUGCUGUUGCACAUGGUGGUUGUAUAGUUUAUACCUACAAAAAUAUCAGCAGGAGCAGCAGUAAUAUUGACAGUAGUAGUGGCAUUCAGUUUACUGUGAAACCAGAAGGCUAUAACAGUUUGAUGCCAAAAACCCAGAAAGAAAACUGUUCCCAGUCAGCUGAUCUGCCUUUACGAAGGGCUGAAGCCUGGAUUCCUUCCCAGUUUGCAGCUCCAAUGUUUCCAUGA